UUCCUCCUCCUCCUCCUCCUCAGUGCCAGACACUCGCCACAGGAGCACACACUCAGCACUCUGUGUGCCUCUCUCUCCUAUCACUGACCAUUCAUUGUUCCAGGAAGCUAGCCCCAUCCCGAGCAGCACGAGGAGCUGUCUGACAACACAACUUUAUUAUCCCAUGGCAGAGAGCAGUGAGGAGCCAGGGCUGUGUGAUAAUACCUGUGGGGCACACAAUGAAGAGCAGCUCCUCGACCCACAGGCUGACAGGUGCCAGGCACUCAGGAAACUCAUCCACUAUAAACUCUACAAGAUGCGCUGGUAUUUCCUAGCUGUGGUGUGCCUACUCAAUGCUUCCAAUGCCAUGAUUUGGAUCACUUUUGCUCCGGUGGCCGAUUUAACUGCAAGCUAUUUUAACUGCUCUGUGGACACAGUUAACUACCUUUCCCUUGUCUACCUCAUUGUAUCGAUACCUAUUGGUUUUGUUGCUUCAUGGCUCCUGGACACUCUGGGGUUAAAAUAUGCUGUGAUCCUCAGUUCUUGGCUGAACAUGUUGGGUAGUAUAAUACGCUGUCUUAGUGUAGCAGAAUUCAUCAAUAACAAGCAGAGUCCUUUUAUUUUUUUAUUUUUGGGUCAGAGUCUUUGUGCAGUGGCACAGCCACUUGUCCUGUUUGUGCCUGCCAAACUUGCUGCUGUGUGGUUCCCAGAGCACCAGCGAGCUACAGCAAAUAUGAUUGCUUCCAUGUCAAAUCCGUUUGGCAUAUUUUUAGCAAACGUACUGUCCCCCGUAAUUGCUUCCAAGGUUCAAUACAUUCCAGUAGUAAUUGGAGUCUAUGGCAUACCUGCUGUAUUUGGUUGUAUGUUAGCAACGGCAGGGAUUUCUGAUAAAGCUCCUCCAACACCACCAUCAGCCAGUGCAAUGCAUUCCACCUCUGAGACAUUCUUUGCUGGUUUGAAACAGCUCUUGAAAAAUAAAGCAUACAUUAUCCUAAUGAUUUGCUUUGGAGCGGGCCUGGGUAUCUUCACAGCCUUUAAUUCAUUCUUGGAACAAAUACUGUGCUUCAGAGGAUAUCCAAAUUAUAUAUCGGGUUUGUGUGGGGCUCUGUUCAUUCUUGCAGGGGCUAUUGGAGCUCUGGUAUUUGGCCUUUAUGUUGACCGGACAAAGAAGUUUACAGAAGUUGUCAAAAUAUGUUUUGCUUUGACGGCAUUGUCAUUAACAGCAUUUGCUGUGGUAUCAAAUUUGAGGGACCAACCUGUUCUGCUGGCAAUUAUAUCUUCUUGUCUGGGCUUUUUUUGUUUUGGACAAUAUCCAAUUGCAAUGGAGCUAGCAGUGGAGUGUUCCUACCCAGUUGGAGAAGGAAGUUCGACAGGGUUGGCCUUUAUUUCUGGUCAGGUCCAGGGAAUAAUCUUCAUGGUGCUGUUUCAGAUGCUUGCCAAGCCUUAUGCUGCGCCUCCACUGUCUUCCUGUGGUGUGAAUCAGAUUGAAAUUUAUGACUGGUCAAUUUCAACUUUAGUAAUGGCUGGUGUAUGUAGCAUUGGAGCCUGCAUUAUGAUCAUCUUUUUUCAUACGGACUACAAAAGAAUAACAGCAGAAGCAGACUGUGAAGAAAGUGCUAUCAACAUAAAUGAUGGCAAUGAACCCCAUACGUAACUUGGACUGCAAGGUUACUAACUGAAGACCAAACAAAGGGAUAUUCAGGGAUAAUCUGAAUAUGAACUUAGAGCCCUGGCAAAACCUCUAUAGAGGCAUUUUACACAAAAGGAGACUUAGUCACUGACAGAUCUUUAAAAGCAGGAUGAAGGUAACGGAUAGUCAUUUUAAAUUGAGUUUUUAAUUAUAAUGUUUUCUGAUAGGAUUGAAAAUUGACUGCUUGUAAUUCACUUUAUUGUUAAAAUGUCAGUUUAUGUGCACAAAGGUACACCAAAUUGCACUUUAAAAGGGGAAUUUGCCAAAUGGUGAAUGGUAUACCCUGUACAUAGCUCUAGGAGGAGGAGAGAACUACCAUGCAGAAAAAGUGUCUCCAAAUUUGUGUUGCCAACAUCCCUAAAAUUAUAGACUGAACAAAAGUUACAUCCCCCCCCCC